GAUUUCGUAUUGUUCAGAACAUUUUGUAAAUAAGCCAAUAGAAAUGAAAAAUUCCGCUCUGAUCAUAGUAACACUUGUCUUACUUAAUCAACUGCACACAAAUAAGGUUAGAGCAGAUCCAAUUGACUCUGCAGAACAUAUUGACAGUCGUUUACAGCACCUUAUAAAACGUUUCGAUAUUAUGGCUAAACGUUUUAAAGAGGACUAUUUGCCCGAGUUACAAAACCUAAAGUCAACUUUUGAGAAGGCCUUGACCAAAGAUUCUUUGAAGGACAAAAUUCUGCUCCUAGAAACAUACAGCGACAAACUUAAUCUGAAGUUCGCCAAUUAUUUUCAUGAUGAGCUGGAUAAGCAAUUUUUCAAUGAGGACAUGCAACUGACACGAUGGUAUGUUCAGGAAAUCCUACCCGAUUUGAAAGGCAAACUUGCCAAUGAGGCCAAGCAGUUUUUGGAAAAAAUCCAAAAGGCCUACACUGAAGAGGAUUUGGAUCGCAAAGUGGAAUUGUACAAUCAGGCGGCCGAUGUAACCUCUGAUGAAUUUUGGGAUUAUCUAAACGAUACUCCAGAACCAGAACCAGUGCUUAAUGUUCAUUUGAAAUUUUUUCAAGAUUGUCUUAAUUAUUUGCUGAAAGAACGUCUGGUGGAGCCAUUUGAAGAGCAAAUACGAAAUAUUUAUGAACAAGUGCAGAAUGCCAUAAUCAAUCAGGAUUACAAAGAUAAGUUGCGUGUAGUGGAAAUAUUUGAUGAUGUCUCGACAACUUUGGGGAAAUUUUUAAAUGAAAAAGUGAUUGAAUAUGAAAUUCAUAAAUUCGGAGAGUGAAUAAAGGCGAUAAGGGGAAACGUUUA